AUGACUGCUCGCGUCUCGUCAACAGCCGAGGGGCCGUUUGUGCAACAAGCUGGCUGGCUGGCUGGCUGCAUCGAGCCGCCGCUAGGUCGGGACCGUCACUUCUCGUCAUCACUGCAUGGGCCUGUCAGUCGAGCCGACAACCACAUCGUCCAGGUGCAGCGCCGAAACCGUCGUCUGCCCUCGCGCUCGAGUGACCACGCGUUACCCAGGCCUUGUGCAACGCAAACACCUUGCUUGGGUCGUCGUUGCUCUCCUCGGUCGCCGCCCCACGAACGAUUUCAGACGUUUGCCGACCAUCACCACAGCGCGCGCAAAGUCUCAGUCGUGUCAGCUUGA